GCUAGAUAAGAAGAGGUUUAUGAAGUAGGGGCAUAGAAAAAAACCCAGCAGCACCAAAUUCACGGCGGUAACGUGUUGGUUGAGCGGGGUCUCAAAGAUCCUUAUCUAUUUUUGAGAAGGCUCACAUGAAUAAACGUUAACUCCACCCGUUUUUAAUCGCUAACGUUACGUCCGAGCGGUGCGGCUUAUUAGCUAAAACAAAGCGGACCCUCAGAACAGUUCUAGCUAGUCUUCGCUUCAGUUACCGGUUAUAUUCCGUUUGACGAGGACACUUUUUGGAAGCAAAUGUUACUGUAAAUCUACACAGACAUCACAAAGGUAUCGGCUUAAGAUGGACCUGGGGUUACUUUUAAUAGCAGCAUUAUCAGCAGCCCUCAGUGGCAGCUUGGCACAGCAAGAUGGAAGCAUAUGCAUCAAGGCAAACGCGCAGUCAUGUGGGGAAUGCAUCCAGGUCUCUGAGAUCUGUGGAUGGUGCACAGAUGAAAAUUUCCUCACAGAAGGCGAGUCCAAAUCAGCCCGCUGUGAUGAUGUGACCUACCUGAAGAAGAAAAAAUGCGGAAAUAUUGAGGACCCCCGCGGCAGCACUGAAAUUACCCAGAACAAAGAUGUCACCGUUCGCAACAAGGAUGGGAACGUAAAACUCAAGCCUGAGGAGAUCACACAGAUACAGCCUCAGAAACUCAAAGUGACGCUCAGAUCUGGUGAGCCACAGACUUUUGACCUGAAAUUCAAGCGUGCUGAGGAUUACCCCAUCGACUUGUAUUACCUUAUGGACCUCUCGUUCUCCAUGAAAGAUGAUUUGGAAAAUGUGAAGAACCUUGGCACUGACCUCAUGAGGGAAAUGCGGGAGAUCACGUCAGACUUCAGGAUAGGUACGGAGUUGAAAAAUCUUAUUCCCAAAUCAGCUGUCGGCACGCUUUCCUCCAACUCCAGUAAUGUCAUCAAACUCAUCAUUGAUGCCUACAAUUCUUUGUCAUCUGAGGUGAUUCUGGAGAACAGCAAGCUGCCCGAGGGCGUUUCUAUCUCGUACAAAGCCUUCUGUAAAAACGGUGUGCGAGGAACAGAGGACAACGGCAGGAAGUGCACUAACAUCUCCAUUGGCGACGAGGUGUCUUUUAAGAUUUCUAUUGAAUCUCAGAAGUGUCCUUCAGGUGGCAAGCCUGAGGUCAUUACAGUGAAACCGCUGGGCUUCAAUGAGGAGGUGGCGAUAGAGCUCAAUUUCAUCUGUGACUGUGAAUGUGCCAAAAAGGGAGAGCCCAACAGUCCGAAGUGCCACGAGGGAAACGGGAUUUUUGAAUGUGGAGCCUGCAAAGAUUGUGUGCAGUGCAGAGCGUUUGGGGAUGGCGAGAAGAAGGAGAUCUGCCAAAAGGAGUGCAGCUACUUCAACCUAAUAAAGGUGAAGGACCGAAAAGAUCUACCUCAGCCCACAGACCAGAGCUUCCCCCUGACCCACUGCAAAGAGAAGGAUGCCAACGACUGCUGGUUCUACUACACCUACGCCAUCACCAAGAAUUCCACCAAGGAAGUCUUUGUGGUAGAGAAACUGGACUGCCCGUCAGGACCUGACAUCAUCCCCAUCGUGGCAGGUGUGGUAGCGGGCAUUGUGCUCAUCGGCCUCGCACUGCUGCUCAUCUGGAAACUGCUCAUGAUCAUCCACGACCGCCGAGAGUUUGCCAAGUUCGAGAAGGAGAAGAUGAACGCCAAAUGGGACACGGGUGAGAAUCCGAUCUACAAAAGUGCCGUAACAACUGUCAUCAAUCCAAAGUACGAGGGCAAAUGAUGGAGCUUUGCCUACUUCGUGACAACACUGUAUGGAAAAGAAAACGGGAGGGGCGGGUUUUAUAAUGCUCACUGUUUUUGUUUGUCUGUUUGUUGUUGUAGCCACCAAAUAAUAGCAUUGCAUUUUGCGGCUCUGUUCUAUUAACUUUUGAUCUUCUAUGCAUCAUCUGUAAUUUGUACAGUAUGUAUAAACGUGUGGUUUUUACGUUUUGGGUUUGUUGAGAGAAUUUUUUUUUUUUUUUUUUUGGUUAAAUAGAAGCAAUCAGUGUUUCGAUGAGCGGUCGAAAUGAAUGUUGAUAAUGGACAGUAAAGGAAGGGUUUCUUUCCAAAUUAGCGUGCAUGCAUACAGUGCAGAAUAGGAGGCAAUCAGUGUUUCAGAAACAGGCAUACAAAAGUUUUACUGUGUCUUUAAUCAUUUUCAAUGAGUGGGCGUCUCUUUGGAUCGAGCCCUUCAGAUGUAGUGCCGGGUUUGGCAGCAACGGGGUGUGUACAGGAAGUGGGUUUUUUGUUUAGGGUUUUUUUUUACUUUCUUUUUGUUUUCCUGUGUUCUGUGUAAAGCCAUACAUGUAUUCACAGAACAGAGCUGGAGGUGAUGGUAUGUUUGUUUUCAAAGUGACAUAAUCCAUCUGAACAAUCAUUUUUAUUAAAUGUGUCUUUGUGGAGAAAAGAUUUUCUUGGGUUGCCUUACCUGAUGAAGGGCAGCGGUGUACAGUAGUCUUACUGUUCAGCUCCAGGUUUUACUUGCUUAAUUUAAAGCCAACUCAGGUCCUUUUAUUCUUCUCAGCAAUGCCAAAUACACACAAUUCUGCCUUAUUUGCUGACUAAAUUUGCUUAUAUUGUUUUUAUUUGUACAAUGUGAAUGGGGGGCAAGUGUUCUGUUUUACAUCUGAGUUACUACACCUAACUCUUUCAGAGGUGCCUCGAUCAAACGUGCUUAAUUAAAAAGAAAUGGGGAUGAUGAAAAAAAGAGGAUUGAUAAGAGAACUUUUGGAAGGCUACGCCUGUCAUCAACGUUUAAGUGCCUUUGUUGAUUUCUCCAUCACAUUCACAAUUGCGAUUCUGUUUUCUGGAAUUAUUUAUUGAAUAAACCCCUAAAAAAAUGUA